ACCUUGUAAUAAUGAAUCAUUCACUCGACUGACCAAGUUACUAUGCUGACGCACUACUAUUGAUUAUUUGUAUUCAUUCAACAAAAUGUAUCGUGUAUAAAUUCACAGUUGCGAAAAGUAUUAAUACACAUCUCUGAUAAAGAUGGGCGAGAAACUAUUACUUCUGGCACCUUUGGUGCUCCUCGCCUGCGUGCAGCUGGGUAGUGCCCAACGCUACUACAAGUACUACCCACGAAGCUACUAUGGCAAGAACCUCUACGAGCACGGGCAGUCGAUCUCCGACACCUUGGUGCAGUGUGGACCCCACACGUGUGGAGUGGGAGCCCACUGUAUCCACGGCAUUGUCAGACCAGUCUGCGCUUGUCUCGCGGGGUACUCUGGUGACCCCCUAUCGCAGUGCGUAAAGAUUGAAUGCCUUGAAAACAGCGAGUGCCGCAGUCACCAAGUGUGCGUCAACCAACACUGUGUCAACCCUUGCGAAGGAACCUGUGGAAUCAACGCUAAUUGUGACGUCCGUAACCACAUCCCAGUAUGUUCUUGCCCAGCUGGCUACACCGGCAAUCCUUUCUCGUCGUGCAGAGUUGCUGAUCCUGAGGAGGCCUGCCACCCGUCUCCUUGCGGCUCCAACACCAAGUGCCACGUUGCCAAUAACCAAGCUAUCUGCACGUGCCUUCCUGGAUACAGAGGAAGUCCUUUAACCGGAUGUCAUCACGAAUGUGAGUCGGACGGCGAAUGCAGCGCGUCGCAAUCGUGUCGCGACUUCAGAUGCACCAGCCCUUGCAGCGACUGCGGCGUCAACGCCGACUGCGAGACUGUGGCCGCGCACCGUGCUGUGUGCAAGUGUCCUAGGGGUUAUUUCGGCGACCCCUACCGCAUCUGCACCCCCGAAUGUUCCUCCGACGGGGAAUGCCCCAGCUACAAGCCAGCUUGCGUGUACAACGCUUGCGUAGACCCUUGUAUUAACGCUUGCGGCGUCAACGCUGACUGCAACCUCCGCGGCCUGACCCCAGUCUGCUCUUGUCCCAGAAACAUGACCGGGGACCCGUUCACUUACUGCAGACCUUUCGAAGCUCGUGACUUGUGCGAACCGAACCCGUGCGGCGCCAACGCCAAGUGUACGCCGGGCCACGACCGCACCGGCGCCGAGAGACCCGUCUGUACUUGUCCCAGCGGAUACAUCGGCAACGCUCUCGUCGCUUGUGAUAAGGGAGAAUGUGAGCUAGAUUCUCAAUGUGCCGACCACCUGGCGUGCGUGGGGUACCAGUGCGUGGACCCGUGCCUGGGCAACACGCAGUGCGGCUCCGGGGCCGUGUGCAUGGCCCGGAGGCAUCUCGCCGUCUGCACCUGCCCUUCAGGCCACAACGGCGAUGCUCUGGUGAACUGCUACGAGUCACGAUCGGUGGCCGCGUCCGGCCAGUCCUACUACCGUUACAAGAGAAACGGUGAUUAUGACAAAACCGAAAGUCCCGCCGCAGAUUCCGAAUCGGAAAAAACUAGUGAAGCAAAGGAAGAUUCCAAGUCUCAGCCAGAAGUACCAGCUGUCACUGCCGACGAGACCAAGAAAGAAUAAACGAAAUACGAAAUUAUCAUAAUAAUAUUAUUUUGAUACGAUGAUAAGUAGUCACCGCAGCCCAUAGACUUCUGAUUUCAAAAAUUUCAAAAGAAAAAAAUUCAAAAAUGCGCUGCGGUGAUCACUUAUCAUCAGGGGGGCCGCAUGCCUGCUUACCUGCUUGGUAAAAUUAAAAAAAAAACAUGAGGACAUCUAA